UUAACGCCGUUUUUCUGCUCUGUAGACGACUUCAAACCGGCGUCCGUCGAGGAGUGCAAAGAAACCUACGUGGAAUUUGCGGAAAACAACGAGGUGGCGGUGACGAUACCGAAGUUUGACGAUGCUACUAUCUAUCGCGGUAACCGGCGCACGUAUCAAAAGGAGUGCCUGCUAAUUUACAACCACGAAACAAACGAAUGGACGUUGCAACAACUGACCUACAACGUACACCAAACUUCCUCAGGUAUUCUUGUCAUCGAUCUAAAGAUCUUUCUACUUCCCUUUUACUCUCUCCGAACCGAAGGAAAUGCCUCUAUGGCUCAACCAUGGUCGGUUCUUCUUGCAACAUGUCUUGCCCAUUGCUACUUUAACUUCUUCACUCAGGCAGUGACACGACAAACUGUUGCAUAUGUUAUUAUCCAUUCAUUCCUUGUCCCAUCUUUACUUGUUAUUUCCUACACACAUCCUUCCGUAGUGGAUGUGCAGUUUUUGAACAACUUUCAGGCUUAG